ACAAACAAAGCUAGAGACAAUUAGGAGCGCGUAUCGGUUUCCUGCUUUAAACGGAGUAUGUACUCGUCUAUCCAUUCAGUGUCUAUCUUGCGACUGUAUUAUUGGCCACAGACGCUUGAGAGCCGCUGGCGGCGCAUGUCUGCAGCAAAAAAGGCAGACAAGGAGCGUCUGUGUGAUGAAUGGAAAAGCAGACUGGCUCUGCUGUAAGACAGCGGUGAUCGGAUAACCUGUUGAACUGCAGCUGUCAGUCAGCUCAUGCAGGAAUCACAGGCAGAAAGAAAGAAAGAAAAAAAAAAACAUUGAACAGGAGAAACACGCGUUACCUCAAUGGCAACAAAAGUGGCCUUAUACUCCGCUGGUAGCUAAAGAGCUUUUCUUCAGAAUCUCUGAAGAAAUGGAAAUGGAAACUUCUGAAGACUAUUCUACUAGUAACGGCCAAUGCUCUUCCGGCAAGGAGGACUCGAGAAUGGUGGUGGAUAUGUCACCACUUAAUGUACCAGCACUUCCCCAGGGUCCUAAUUCCCCCAAUGAAGUGGCUAUAAAGCAAGAGGAAGAUCUGGUGGAAGAUGGGGACAACAGCAGCACAGCACCUGAAGAAAUGGGUCACCUAGGAGAUGAAGGAGCAACACCGGAGGAAUCUACGACUAGUAGCCCACACAAUGAACAAGACGGGUCUGGACCAAAUGCACCAUCAGAUGCAGGGAUUCGACAACAAAAUGGUGACAGGCCCUUCCAGUGCAACCAGUGCGGUGUAUCGUUCACCCAGAAGGGGAACCUGCUGCGACACAUUAAGCUGCACACAGGUGAAAAACCCUUCAAGUGCCCCUUCUGCAGCUAUGCUUGCCGACGCCGUGAUGCCCUCACUGGCCAUCUUCGUACUCAUUCUGUUGGCAAACCACACAAGUGCAACUUCUGUGGACGGAGUUACAAACAACGGACAUCCCUGGAGGAGCACAAAGAGCGUUGUCACAGUUACCUCAGCUUGGAUCCUGGUGCCAGCAUAGGCCCUUACACAGGUGAAGUUCCAAAAGGGGCCAUGGCUGAGGCCGGCAGUAUGCCAGCCUUCGAUCGGCCACCUGUCAUUGAAAGACUGCCCACUAACGUUGGCAAGAGGAAGAGCACUACACCUCAAAAAUUUGUGGGAGAAAAGCUUCGCUACAGCUACCCUGAUAUAGGCUAUCAUGAGAUGCGCUUGAAAUAUGAAAAUCAUCCUGAAAUGAUACCGCCCCACAUGAUGGACCAGGCUAUCAACAAUGCCAUAACAUACUUGGGAUCAGAUAACCUCCGUCCUAUGCUCCACCAUCCAGGUCCAUCUGUAUCUAUGGCUGAGGUUGUUCCCAUUGUCAAUCCCCUUUAUCACCAUGUUCUACCAUUUAGCCAGCAACCAGAGCGUCCAGGAAACUCAGAAACACUUCCACCACAUCCACCCCAAUCCCAAGAGUUUCCCAGCCACCCCACUUCGAAUGGCGCUACUUCCUUAACUCGGCAGAACAAGCAACCUCAGGCAUCACAGGAGGAAUCAACAAGCAACAGUGGCGUUGAUUCGGCUGACUCAGCUCGAAGCAGCCCUCAGGAAAGGCAGGGGUACCUGAACUCCAGCGCAGCUGCAGGCCUCAGGUCACGAGCCAGUCUAGCUGUGGGCUCUGGUGAACGAGUUAUUGAUGCGUCACCCAGGAGCGGGACAGGAGUGGGAACAGGGAUGAUGCGUGUGGCAACAGAGCGGCCAAUGGGCCAUGAAGGGGUGCGGGUGUUCGCUCGAGACGGCCACGAGCUGCGAGCCUUUCAGUGUGAGCACUGUCGACUGCUCUUUCUGGACCACGUCAUGUACACCAUCCACAUGGGUUGCCAUGGUUACAGAGAUCCCCUGGAGUGCAACAUCUGUGGUCACCGAAGCAAAGACCGCUAUGAGUUCUCUUCGCACAUAGUUCGAGGAGAGCACACUUUCCAUUAAAAGGGACAAAACGGAAGCAAGCGGGAAGCUUUGGGAAUAAGACAAGCAUUAACCUGCUAUCCAUCCCUUCCCUGUGAAAGUGCAUAAGACAGUGGCACUGUACGCAAGUGUAGCACAAUCAAAGACUACUUUUUAAGCUACUGGUUGUAAAUUGGAGCUGUGGAACAAUCACAUGAAGGUAUGGGCCAAAGAAAUAUUUUGUACUUAUUUAACUAAUUUAGAACAAAUAUGUUUUUUUUUCCUCUUUUCUAACCAAUUAAUUGUUUAUGAGAGCAGCUGCCAGCUUUUCGCCGGUUUUUCAUUUUAAUUUUACAUGAAAUUAUCUUUUUUGGAGCUUUUGAGUUUUAAUCUUUGUUCAGCUGCAAAACUCACAGUUACAUAGUCAUGUACCAUGAAGGCUCAAUAAAAUGUAAGAAAAAAUGGAAAGUAGCUUAGACCAAUCUCACCAGUGCAUUACUGAAUUGACUAUGGAAAUUUAGGAUGAACAAAAACAGAAAGGUGUAAUUUAAUUAAAUUAAGAUGAGGGGAGACAUGUCAGUCCCACUGGCAGCACAAUGGCCAAACAAUGUCAAAGUAGUUUUACAAUCAAAUACAUUGUAGAAGUGAAAAUGUAAUGUUUUCUAAAUUAUACAACAGAUUUCAAAAGAAUAUUCUGUUAUACAUGUACAUCAGUGUCAAUCUGAAUUAAUCCAUGGAUUCUUUGGUAAUUGAAUGUGCUUCUUAGAGAAUAACAACAAAAACCAACAAACAAGUGCAAUUUUUUGUUGAAAAUAUAUUAAAAUGAGAGGUUUUUUUUAUAUUUUACAUGGUCUAAAAUAGAUAUUAAACAGAAUAUGAAAACAGAAUUUUUGGACACAUGCACUUACAAGAUCGAGUCACAGAUUAUGAAGAUAAGUAUGGUGAAAGGUAAACAGUACCCAGAUUGUUGCCUUAUUGUUCAUAUUCAUGUCAAAUCUCAGACUUAUUCUUUUCAGUCUUUUCUGUAACAUUCCAAGUACUCCAUAAAUAGGCAUAAAUGUAUUCGUUUCCCUUUUUGAUUCCUGCAACUGUAGCACAGCGCUAGAUUCACAAACAUGAACAAUUAUCAUCUUUUGAAAUAUAUAAUAUUAUAAAAGUCCACUAACUGUCAGUCACAAUAAUAUUUUGUUGUUGGCACAGAUGGUGAACUUAUGUUCAAGUUUCAGACUUGAACAUUGUCGCACUUUGGUUGCAAAAACAAAGACUUCAAACUUAACUUUGAAGACUUAAAACUUAUUUAGAUGUGUGGUGUUAGCAACAUUUUUAUGAUUUUAUCAGGAGUAUCUUUAUUUCCAUCUUUUCAAAAUAAAAGUAUUUCCCGUUUUGUUCAUUCAGAAGUUAUACAUUCUCUCAUUUCUUCACUACAUGUGACAGGGUGCCUUGGAACAAGUUUACUAUUUAGACUUUACAUCAUUGUCUAAACAUUUGACACUGGAUAUUUUAAGAUCAAGUUAAACUUAAUAUCAAAUAUUUUAAAUAUAUAAAUGUAACAUGGCUUAAUAAUAAACACAUUACAGUUUAUUAUAUGCAGGGAAAUUACUUUUGGACAUGCUAGUAAAUUAAAUGCAAAGGCCACUUAUUUGCUUGUAAGAGAGGGAUUUAAACUAUUGGGCAACAAAGAUAUAUUUUAUUUAAGGUCCCAACAGACAACCAGCAUUUCAUAAUUUUACUUAUUGUAAAUUAUAUAUUUUUUUCUGUUGAAUUUUGCUAGCAUUGGCCUGGAAAACAAAAUUCAAUUUCUUAAUAAGUAAUGACCAUUAUGGCACAUAAAGCAAUUAUGUGCCAUAAUUGUUUUGUGGCACAAUUAUAAAGAUUAACUGAUACAUUUAAGCUUACACAAAGAUACAGACACCCUUUUUGAUGUACCUCACUUUUUAAUCUUUUUGGAUUUAAACAUGAAACCAUAUGACUUAGUUUCAAUAAAAUGUGUAUUUUUGUUGCAUAGUAGAUAUAUGCAGGUUGCACUGUUUGUCGUUUUCGCGCAUUAUCACCAUUGCAAAGAAACGGUUUACUGAUGCUGAAGCUAAAGUGUUGCGCUGCGUUGGUUUUCAUCUGCGGUUUUAUUAGGCCUAUCUUUCUCUAAUGGAGCUGCUCUUUUAUCUUCUCUUCAACCCUCAUCUCACGAACAAGCAAGUACACACUAAUGUAUGUUAGUUUCCUUCACUUUGAAUCUUGCUUUGCUCACUUGCUAUAUGCCAUUACAAUCAUGUAUGACCUUUAACAGCAAAGAUCAAGAAAUGAGCAGUAUGAGCUAGGGGAUGAGUGAACAGAAUGUGGUUUCCCUACAUACAAUAGAACUAAUCUAAAGGAAGUUCCAAAAACUACAGCAUAUCAACUUUUAUACCCUUCAUCAUCUAAGAAAUAUGUAUUAAAAUUUUUACUGUAGUUCAUUGAAGCACAGCAAAUCUGGGUUAAAGAGCUGGUCCUUUCAUAGCUUCUCGGCACUGUGCUCAGUACAGUAGAUCAUGGUCAUGCACUUUAUGUAUCUGUCUAGGCAAUGCUAUUUGAAUGCAGGCAUAACAGAAAACAAUGCAGUUUAUUCUUAGAACAAUCAUGGAGCAGCAUAAAAAACGCAAAACUUUGUGUUUUUUCCUGAUAUCUUAUGAAUAUGCUUGAUUGUUUAUUUUUGCUUUUUAUGUAAGACGUUCUGCAAGAUAUAAGCAUUAUUUGUUUCACACGUUUUUUUUGUGUGUUUUUGUUGUUGUUUUUUUAAACAAUCCUGUAGGUUUCCUGUAUUCAUAAAAUCAAAAGGCAGCUUUUUUCUUGUUUACAUGUUGCCUCUUAGCAUAAGAACUCAUGGUAAGGUUUUGGUAUUGGAAAUUGUUUACACCUUGCAGCUUUUAUAUUAAAUCUUUUCAUUAUUUUGUCUAUUUUCCAUUGUAUACUUUUACUUUAUGCAAAUGUUUAUGUUUUAGAAAGGGGUUAUUACGGAAAAACAAACUUUUAAUGUAUUGCUAAUUGCAUUUUCUUUAUGUUUAUAAGCUCAACUUGUAGGUAUAAUACAACUCUACCUGUCUGUCUUAUAUCCAAGCAGCCAUAAAAACAAAACAAAAAAGUCUUCUUUCACCCUCUGUGUAACUGAGGACUUUACUUGAAAAUUCUAGUCAUCGCUAAUGCUACAUGUUGUGUUUUUUGUAAGUUUUGAUGAUGAGCCUAGUAAAUGUCUAUUUUUCUGCUGAAACGUUAAUACAAAUAGUUUUGUGAACUUUGUAUGGUUUUGAAGUUUAACAGAUGUUUACAAAAUUGUACAAGGAGUGGUUCUGGGUGCAUAAUAAUGAUAUUGGCACUGAAUAUUGAAAUUAUUCAGGAACAUGUGCCGACUGAUGAGUUUUCAUAUUGAUAGACUUUCUAAUGUAAGGGCUCUCAGGAAUUUGUAUAGGCCUUGUAUUUUUUAUGUAGUUUAUUUAUCGAGAAAGAUGCGCAGAGAUUUCAGUUUCUCUGGUGCCUCUUAAACUCAAAGUGGUGAAGGAAGUUGUUUAGCCCUGUAUUUUCUUUCUAUGCUCUUUUUUAUCCUCAUUGUCUUUAUUUUUACUUUGGAUCAUUGACUAGAUGAAGACACACAGCUGUGAACAUUGCAGUGUACAUUUUAAGGCAUGAUUUUCCUUAAUUAAAG